AUGCAAAAUACAACGCACGUGAUCUCGAGUCCGAAGUACCAACUAAUAGAGAAUCUACUACGUGAGUGCUUUUUGAAAAAUAUAUCCCACAGUCGAGUUAUUGACAGCAAUGGAACACAAUCAGAAACAUGGUGCCCUCGAACAUUCGAUGGAUUCUCUUGCUGGGACACGGCUCCAGCCGGCUCCACAGCCGUGCAGGCCUGCCCCGAAUUCAUCGUCGGUUUCGACCCUCGACGUUUAGCGUUCAAAAGAUGUACAGAAAACGGGACGUGGUUUGCUCACCCAGAAGCUCGGCGACCGUGGACAAAUUAUACAACUUGCGUCGAUGUUGAGGAUUUAGACUUCCGGAAUGUGGUGAACGUCAUCUAUGUAGGAGGCUAUUCGAUAUCGGUAGCUGCUUUAUUGAUUUCCUUGCUCAUCUUUCUAUACUUCCGGGCUCUACAAUGCACCCGGAUACGCAUCCACAUGCACCUAUUUAUGGCAUUUACAAUAACUAACAUUUUGUGGAUCGUGUGGUACCGCGUCGUGGUCAACAAUGUGGAAGUGGUGCAGGAGAACAAGGAUUGGUGUCAAGUUCUUCACGUCGUCACUCAAUACUUCAUGGUCUCCAGCUAUGUGUGGAUGUUCUGCGAAGGUUUGCAUUUGCACAUAGCACUCGUUGUGGUAUUCGUGAAGGACGAGGUCGCUAUGCGGUGGUUCAUCGCAUUAGGCUGGGGAGUAUCUCUCAUCAUCGUGGUCACGUAUGCUACAGUACGGCACAAUAUUCCAGGAGCCACUGAGAGGUGCUGGAUGGAUGAAAGCGAUAUUUUUUGGAUAAUUAACGUGCCAGUCGGUAUUUCCUUGAUUGCUUCUUUUGUAUUCCUGGUGAACGUAGUACGAGUAUUGCUGACCAAGCUUCACCCAGCGCCGAACCAGCACGCUUCUCUAGCAGCCAGAAAGGCCACCAGAGCUGCUCUGAUACUAGUAAGAUCUUUGAACUCUUAA